CGCCGAGGCUCGCCCCUGCUGUGAGCCUAACUCAGAAUCCAGCUAACUCGGGCGCGCCCAGUCUAAGAUUCUAGGCGCUGGUCUCUGGGUGGUCUCUGCUCGCCCGCUUGGCCCUGAGAUUGCCACCGGUUCUGCGCGUCCUCCCGUUGGGUUUGGCGCUUUCUCCCUAGCUUGGAGAGAGCACCACCGUGCAGUCCCUGGACGCAGACAAUGGAGGCGGCGCUGGCAGUGACCCGGCUGCCCCCGCACGACCCGAGGACGCCCGCACUGUCAGUGGUGGACAUGCACACAGGCGGCGAGCCUCUGCGCAUCGUGCACUCCGGGUGUCCGGAGGUGGCAGGGCCCACGUUGCUGGCCAAGCGUCGCUACAUGCGUCAACACCUCGACUACAUCCGCCGGCGGCUCGUGUUCGAGCCCCGCGGCCACCGGGACAUGUACGGGGCCAUCCUGGUGCCCAGUGAGCUGCCCGACGCGCACCUAGGCGUCCUGUUCCUGCACAACGAAGGCUACAGCUCCAUGUGCGGUCACGCGGUGCUGGCGCUGGGCCGCUUCGCCCUCGACUUCGGACUGGUGCCCGCUCCCCCAGAAAGCGCCCGGGAGGCCCAGGUCAACAUCCACUGCCCGUGUGGUCUGGUGACUGCCUUCGUGGAAUGUGAAGGUGGCCGCAGUUGCGGCCCUGUGCGCUUCCACAGUGUCCCAGCCUUUGUCCUGGCCUCAGACCUCACAGUGGAUGUUCCUGGCCAUGGAAGGGUACUGGUGGACAUUGCAUAUGGUGGGGCAUUUUAUGCAUUUGUUAGUGCAGAAAAAUUAGGACUCGAUGUGUGUUCUGCGAAGACGAGGGACCUUGUGGAUGCGGCGAGCACCUUGACAGAAGCGGUGAAAGCACAGUUUAAAAUCAACCAUCCUGAGAGUGAAGACCUUGGUUUUUUGUAUGGAACCAUCUUGACGGAUGGAAAAGAUGCUUAUAGUGAGGAAGCCACGACCAACAUCUGCGUGUUUGCCGAUGAACAGGUUGACAGAAGCCCCACCGGCUCUGGAGUGACAGCCAGAAUUGCUCUGCAGCAUCAUAAGGGGCUCCUGCAGCUGAACCAGACCAGAACCUUCAAAAGCCAAGCAACUGGCUCGGUGUUCACAGGCUGUGCCGUGAGGGAAGCAAAGUGUGGAGAUUUCAAGGCUGUCAUAGUGGAAGUUGCAGGACAAGCCCAUUACACGGGGACAGCUAACUUGACAGUAGAAGACGGUGACCCACUAAGGGAUGGCUUUCUUCUCAAGUGACUUUUUUUUCAUAAGUUUUAAAGGUUUUGCUUAGAAAGUGAUUACCUUUAAAUUAUGUUUUCUCUGUAUUAUGUGCAAACCAGUAUCCAGUUACACUUACAGGCUAAUUUUUAUACUUUCUAAAACAGUAUACUGUGUCUAAAUGUAAGGUAUUAUACUUCCUAUUUGUCAACCUUUUGAGCAUAAAUGUCACUAAUGGGGCAAACAGAGUGCCAAGAAUCCAAAAACUUUUUAAGCAUUAGUAUACAAGGCAAAAUUAAAGCACAGUUACUUAAUCUAUGCUAUGGAAAUGAUAAUACUUGUAAGUUUUUUUGAAUGCUAGCUUCAGCUAUAGACCACACAAUAGUAAAUGUUGUGAGUUUGUUAUUUUAAUGUUCCUGUUUGAGUAAAAUAAAGACAUCUGUAAGUA